GCGGAGGCUUGGGGGUGGGGCUGAGCGUGCCUCUGUCGAUACGGCCGUAGGGCUGCGUUAAAGGGGCCGUAGCGCCGUUUUCUGCCGCCGCUGCCCCGGACCCGGCUCCCCCGGGCGGCGCCAUGGCCUAUCAGGGCUUCACGCAGGAGUACCUGGGGAUCCCGGCCGUGACGCGGGCCUACACCACCGCCUGCGUCCUCACCACCGCCGCCGUGCAAUUAGAAUUCAUCACCCCUUUCCAGCUGUAUUUCAACCCAGAUCUGAUUUUCAGAAAGUUCCAGAUCUGGAGGCUGAUCACCAACUUCCUCUUUUUUGGGCCCUUGGGAUUCAGUUUCUUUUUCAACAUGAUAUUUUUGUACAGAUAUUGCCGAAUGCUAGAGGAAGGUUCCUUUCGGGGAAGGACUGCAGACUUUGUCUUCAUGUUUCUCUUCGGGGGAUUUCUCAUGACACUCUUCGGCCUCUUUGCCAGCCUCUUCUUCCUGGGCCAGGCUUUCACCAUCAUGCUGGUGUACGUGUGGAGCCGCAGGAACCCUUACAUCCGCAUGAACUUCUUUGGGCUUCUUAACUUCCAGGCCCCCUUCCUGCCCUGGGUUCUGAUGGGAUUCUCUCUGCUGCUGGGCAAUUCCAUCAUCAUUGAUUUGUUGGGAAUUGCAGUGGGUCACAUUUAUUACUUCCUUGAAGAUGUUUUUCCCAACCAGCCCGGAGGGAAGAAGUUGCUGCUCACUCCAGGCUUCCUGAAGCUGGUAUUUGACACUCCUGAAGAGGAUCCCAACUACAACCCCCUUCCUGAGGAUCAGUCAGCGAACCAGCCAGCUGCUGACCAAGACCAGAACCAGCAGCAGCAACCACCACCUCAAUAGUGGGGGAGAACCUGCUCUCCCCCACAUGACCGAACUCUUCUCCUGCCUGCUGGACUGAUACUGUGCCAUGGACAGAUGCUGUCUGAAGAACAGCUCCGGUCACUAGAUUAGUCUGUAUUAACAUCUCACUGUUCCCUGGGGAUAACCUAUUUCCCACGUUGUUCUCUGGAGUGUCAUUUACAAACUGAAUGGAGUGAUGUAGAUGUGGGUGUACAGAAGUGGUGUAGGGACAAGGUGGAGGCUGGCCCCUGGCUACAGUACAUCCCAUAGCACCCUGGGCCUCAAAUGUUCUUCCUAGUCUAGUUCUGCUACAGCUAUGCUGUGUGCCAAGUCACUUGUCUCCUCGGUACACCCACUGGUAUGCCCUCCUUCCCACAAGGCUCCAGUUGUUGCUUGUGCCAUGGAGGUGCUUGAUGCUCUAGGUCUCACUCAGCUGUAGGAAUGUGUACACCCCCCCCAGGACUGGAGAAUGGCUCAUUGCCUGGGUUCUGCUCCUUCCCCUUCCAUUCUCCCAGCUUCUUUACAUUAAAAUGUAUAUUUUUCAAA